GACACACACACACACACAGCACAGCAAAAGAACCUGUGUGCUAGCUGUGGCUGUGAUCCUGUCCUCCUCUCUAGCUAGUAGCUAUCUCCAUGCAUCUUCUUUAAUUUUGUUCUCAUCUCCGAUUCUCAGAUAUCCUCUUCUCUGGUCUCUUUAUAUAUAUCUAUCUAUCUCUGCUCCAGCUCCAGAUGAUGAGAUGAGAUGCUGGCAUCAUAUCUAUCUUUUGUUGAUCUGAUCCCUUAGCUUGCUGUUGAUAUACAUGCAUGCAUAAUAUUAUUAUUAGUAGUAAUUCCGUCGUCAGGCCAGCGUUCGUUGUUCACGCUUGGUUCGCCGUCGUUGACAAAUAUCGGCGAAUUGAAGCUUUAGGCUGUGCUCAGCAGAAUUAGCAAGUGCAACGCGCAGUGUCCAAGAGCAUCCCAACAAGGAAGAUAUAUCGAAGGCUGCAGUGAUCGAUCGAUCGAUCGAGGAUGGAAGGCGCGGCGGCUGGGUGGCCGGAGCCGGUGGUGAGGGUGCAGUCGCUGUCGGAGAGCGGCGCGGCGACGAUCCCGGCGCGGUACGUGAAGCCGGAGGCUGAGCGGCCGGCGUCGGCGGCGGGCGAGGAGGAGGGCGGCGGCGGGAUCCCCGUGGUGGACCUGUCGUCGCCGGCGACGGCGCGCGCGGUGUCGGAGGCGUGCCGCGACUGGGGCUUCUUCCAGGCCGUGAACCACGGCGUGCCCGGUGAGCUGCUGCGGCGCGCGCGCGGCGCGUGGCGCGGCUUCUUCCGGCAGCCCAUGGAGGUGAAGCAGCGGUACGCCAACUCGCCGGCCACGUACGAGGGGUACGGCAGCCGGCUGGGCGUGGAGGCUGGCGCCCUCCUCGACUGGGGCGACUACUACUUCCUCCACGUCCGCCCGCCCCACCUCUGCGACCCGCGCAAGUGGCCCCACCUGCCCCCCGGCCUCAGGAAGACGACGGAGGAGUACAGCCGCGAGGUGGCGGCGCUGUGCGGGCGGCUGCUGGCGGCCAUGUCGGCGGGGCUGGGCGUCGGGGAGGCGCGGCUGCGGGAGGCGUUCGGCGGCGCGGAGGGCGCCGGGGUGUGCGUGCGCGUGAACUACUACCCGCGGUGCCCGCAGCCGGAGCUCGCGCUGGGGCUGUCGUCCCACUCCGACCCGGGCGGCAUGACCGUGCUCCUCGCCGACGACCGCGUCCGCGGCCUCCAGGUGCGCCGCCGCGGCGCCUGGGUCACCGUCGACCCCGUGCCCGACGCCUUCAUCGUCAACGUCGGCGACCAGAUCCAGGUGCUGACGAACGCGACGUACCGCAGCGUGGAGCACCGGGUGGUGGUGAACGCCGCCGACGAGCGCCUGUCGGUGGCGCUCUUCUACAACCCUAGGAGCGACCUGCCGCUGGCGCCCAUGCCGGAGCUCGUCUCGCCGGACCGCCCCGCGCUCUACUGCCCCAUGACCUUCGACGACUACCGCAUGUACAUCCGCCGCAAGGGGCCUCGCGGGAAGAGCCAGGUCGACUCCCUCAAGGUCGCCGACGCAGUCGACGCCGACGCCGACGCCGACGGCAGACGGUGCUACUAGCUAGUAUAUACCUAGCCAGCCUGCUGCCGAUCGAGAUUGUUUGUAUGUGUGGUGUGUGCAUGCAUUUGCCCACACUGACCACUGUCCACAUGUACGCCGCCAGCUGCCGGCCUAAAUAAAACCAUGCAUAGAUUAGCUAGCUUAUGAUUAAUCAGUCUAGCAGCUAGAGAGUGCUUUGGUUGGACUCUCUCAUAGGAGGCAUGCUGAUCGAUCGAUCAUCAUUGAAACACCCUGCUAGCUGUGCACCUCCGCCGUCCAACCACAAAGGGCGAGGUCAAUGAAGGUGAGACAACGUCACAACGAGCGAGCUAGCUCCGUUAUUUGGUUGCUCUCACACUAUGACGACGUCGACCGUGACGCCGAUCCACGGCCAACGGCAUUGCCGAUAAGAACCAAACAGAAAGAGAGAGAGAGAGAGAGAGAGAGAGAGAGAGAGAGAGAGAGAGAGAGAGAGAAGGCAUGGACGCUGUUCUUCCAAAUGUAACCACACCGGUCGUUGUCGCUAAAAUAAUAUUACUGUUC